AUGGCUGCACCAAGCAUGUGGGAACACUCCAAUAACACUGUUACCUUGAGAUCGUUACGCCGUUUUCCGAGAGAUGUAAUCCCACAAACUUACAACGCUACCAAAUCAACAACACCGCUGGCAUCAUCGAGAUCUGUUGAAUUCGGUGCAAAUGAUGUAAUCCCACAAACAUACAACGCUACCAAAUCAACAACACCGUUGGCAUCAUCGAGAUCUGUUGAAUUCGGUGCAAAUGGUACCAAAUUAGCACCCUUCUCCGCUGCUCCUGCUGCUGCUGCUCCCCAUCGAUUACCAACUCCGAUUCGAAAGAAUGUUGGACGAAGUAUGAUUCCAUCGCCACGCACUUCACUUCUUACCAGAUCGUAA